GAAAAUGCUCCGUUAUUAAAAUACAUAAAUGCUUUGCUCCAUGAAGUAAUCCAUCUCGAUCAAUGAGAGAGGAUUUGAAAUAGACAAGAUGGCAGCGUACACAGUUUAGGAUUACUUCAUGGAGCAAAUCAUUUAUUUGAGUAACUGAGCAUUUUCCAAAUUCAAACCAACCACCUGCCACGAACCACAUUUUAGAAGAUACAUGUUUGGCAGAAUCGAGAUCAAUGAUAACAUUGCCAAUUUAAGGUUAGUGGUAAAUGAUCUGUGCUUCACCAAACAGUACCUAUCCUGUAAUGGAGAAUCACAUUUUCCCAUUAUAAAUUUGUAGCUAGUUUAGACAGAGAACUGAUACUGUAUACUGGUUGUUAGGGUGGGAUUGAUGUGGAGGGGUCCGUGGGUGGCUUUUUACAAUUUGAAUGGUUCCUUGUGUUCUCAACAGGAGGAAGAAGUUGGGUCCAAAUCUUAUGUUGGUUACCAUAGUUAUUGAAUAUCACGUGAAUCCUGUCAAUUAAAAAGGGAACAUUUGGGUGCAAUCAAUUAGCUUAAUUUCUCAUAGAUCAAAUUAAAUGUCAACAAAAUAGUGUUGCAGGAAUGCUAAUCUUAUGUUUCUAACUACAGAAACCAUUUCUGAACAAUCUGUGAUGGGAGGUGUCAUGGGCUUCCUGAAAUGACAUGGAACGACUACGGGCAACCUGCCAUCCCUAUGAAAAGCAUGUAGGAAUGUCAGUCGACUCCAGUUUGGGAGGUCUCUCCAGGUCCAGUACUGUAGCUAGCCUCGACACAGACUCGACCAAGAGCUCAGGUCACAGUGCUGCGUCAGAGACGUGUGCCGAGUUCAGGGUGAAGUAUGUCGGAGCCAUAGAGAAGCUGCCGUUUGAGAUGAGUAAGACCCUGCAGGAGCCUCUGGAACUCAUCAACUACAUCGAUGCAGCCCAGCAAGAUGGAAAGCUGCCGUUUGUGCCUGGAGAGGAGGAGAUGGUACUGGGAGUGUCCAAGUAUGGAGUCAAAGUGGCCUCCAUGGAUCAAUGUGACGUUCUGCACCGCCACCCUCUCUAUCUGAUAAUGAGGAUGCUCUGUUAUGAUGACGGCCUGGGGGCUGGGAAGAACCUGCUGGCUCUCAAGACCACCGAUGCCAAGCAGCAGGACUGCAGCAUCUGGGUGUACCAGUGCAGCAGCGCGGAACAAGCCCAGGCCAUCUGCAAGGUGCUGUCUGCCUCUUUCGACUGCGUGCUGACAUCAGAGAAGUCCUGAAAGGUUGUCGCCCUGAGGGACGGGACUAUCCUCACAUGGGCGCAGUACCAUGACCAAUCGGGAGCCUGGAAACCAUAGUUUUACAGCAGGGUCACAAGUUACCCAGCAUGCUUUGCAACACCUCUCACACACCACCUACACACACCAUCCACCCGUCAGGUGACCAUGAGUACGGUUAUUUUUGUUUUUAAUCUAACUUAAUCUUAUUUAAUGUAAAUACAUUAGAAAGUACAGGGGCCUCUUGUCUGUACUUGGGAAGGAAGUGGCUGUUUGCUAUCUAGGUCUCAUAAUAAUAUUGUAUCCAGAGACUCCACUGACUUCCUUUAUAAAAAGGGGGAAAGUGGUAACCGUGGUACGUCGCAGUCAAUAUUUCCACCAUGGAUGGAGGAACAAACCAAGACCAUUACAAAUAUGCUGUAGACCCCCCUUCUCCUCUCUCCUAUACAAACCAAAGGGAUGGUAUCAAUACAUGUUUGUGCCUCUUAUCCCCCUCUCCAUACCACUCCUCCUAUACUCCGCUUGGUCCAGAUGGGAUUGGACCAGUUAAAAUGGUACAAUAAAGGAAAGGAAUUGGAAUGAA